GUAUGCAGCCCGCUGAGAAGCAGGAGGCAUUCAUCAUGGGCUACCACGUAUCAAAGGCUAUCUCAAGGCUGGAUGCUCUCCUCCUGGUACUGAAGACUUGUCAAGGGGCUAGCUGCAUCAAGCCAUGGGAUAUCUUACACCCCAGCGGUUCAGUGGAAACCUUGCGUGAUGCGAUGGCUGAGGAGUAUGAUCAAUUCUACCACGAACAUAACAAGGUCUCUUAUGACCGGUGUGAGUAUUAUGAUGUACUUGACGAGGAAGGUCCCCGAGAGGUGCUCGCGUACCGCAAUGGGAUAUAGCUUAG